UACUGACCUCGAGGCUUAGAAAUACGGACAGUUUGUCAGCGAGGCAGAUGUAUUGUGGAGAGAGAGAGAGUAGACAAGGAAGUAUAAGUAUGCUCUAUUAGCAGCAAGAGAAUGCAUCACAGCAACAAAGCAGCCUCCCUACCACACUAACCAAACCACCAAACGACAGAGCAGCCCCACUCGAGCUGUUCUGUACUCGAAGCCCUCUACAAUAUGCACCAACUCAGCCUCCUAGCCGCCCUCCUAGGCACCACCCUCGCCCAAGCCCCCAACACCCGCACAGUCUUCCAAUUCCCCAAACCCACCUGGCUCGAAAACAUCGCCACAACACGCACCGGGCACCUCCUCACCAGCGUCCUCAACAGAGCCCCGGCCGAACUGCACAUCGUCGACCCUUCCGCGAUAUACAACGCGUCGACCGCGAAUGCCACGCUCCUCCACGCAUUCCCGGGCGUGAACACCGUGUUCGGCAUCUCAGAAUACGCGCCCGACCUCUUCGCCGUGGCCGUGGGGAACUACUCCCCCGCGACCGGCGCAACGAAGGGCACGUACGCGGUUUGGAGCGUCGACGUCUCCUCCCUCGCCUCGUCUUCCUCGUCCUCCGCAAAACCCACGUCCAAAGUCCGCAAACUCGCAUCCCUCCCCAACGCCUCCGUGAUAAACGGCAUCGCCGCGCUCAACAAAGACGCCAUCCUCAUCGCCGACUCCUUCGCCGGCUCCAUCCUCCGCCUCGACAUCUCCUCGGGCAGGACGCACACCGCGAUCAAUGAUAGUACCACUGCGUUCGCCAGCCCGCUCGGUGUCAAUGGCGUCAAGGUCAGCCAUGCAACGGACCCGCCCACGCUCUACUACACCAACUCUGGCCUCAACGCGACGUUCGCUGCGCCCGUCGAUCCGCGGAGUGGAAAUCUGGUGGGAAAGCCAGUCAUCGUGGCUGCGAACGAGGCGACCCCGGAUGAUCUGGCCGUUACGGAUGACGGGACUGCGUUCUUCGCGAGGCCAUAUGCGGGGACGCUGACGAGAGCUAGGGCUGGGGUGGAGGCUGUUAUUGUUGCGGGAGCAGAGGGGAGUAUGGAGUUGGGCGGUGCGACGAGCGCGACAUUGGGAAGGGCGUGGGGGGAUCGAGGCGUUGUCUACGUGGCUACUAUGGGCGGCUUUGAUAGUGAGGGGGGAUAUGCAGAGGGGGGAAAGAUUGUGGCUGUGAAUGUGGGCCGGUGACUGUAUGAUUCUGGAGAUAAGGCGGUGGGCGCAGAGGGGACAGAGGCAUAGGCUGGAGGGUGGAUGGGGGUGCUCGGGGGUUAUGUAAUGGAGAUACCGACAGGGAUGGAGAUAGCAGGGUGAAAUGUUUUGAAUGUUUUUCCUUGAAUUAUUGAAACUUCGUACAUGUCGGCUAUGAAGUAUUCUCCCCGAUAAUCCACUGGGUACCCAGUCUGCCAGCGAAUGUGCCAGCAGUCCUUGCAUAGUCUCAGAUUGCCAGCUG